GAAUAAUUUUUAAAAAAUCAUUCAUUUUCCAAUUUAAAGAAGAAAAAAAAUGUCAAAUAUUCCAGUAAAGAUAGUGAUAAUCAACACACAAUACAUAGAAACAGAUGCCAGCAAUUUCAAAUCGGUCGUUCAGAAACUGACCGGCAAGAACUCCACCGUGGCGGUGGAGUCAGCUUUCGCUCCUCCACCGCCACUACCCGUGGCAGCUCCUUAUAACGGAUGCGGCCACGGUAGUAGUAAUUAUUGGGAAGAUCAGAAUGUCGGACCGAGUUUGGGGAGAUUGAAGUCAUUUAACGAAUUUGACAAGUUGUUCAAGGAGUUGCCUACUUUAGAUGAUCUUCUUCGUCUUUAUUCAGACGAAAUACAACAAUAACAUAUUCAGUAUAAUUCAAUAUGUAGAGUUCGGAGAAAUUGUUUAACAGAUUCUCGAUUCAAGUGACGUAUAUAUGUAUUUGAAUUACGUUACGAAUUAU